CUUAAUUUAUUUAAAUUGAAUGCAAAUUUAAAAACAAUUCCAUAUAGUCUAAAAAUGCAAUAAAUAGUCUAGUAAACGGAUUUCAUUCCAUUGCGCAUUCAGUUCUGGGAGCAAAGUAUCAUGAAUGUUCCCAAAACGUCCUUUAAGGGCAUCCCACAGUUCUUUGGGGAUUUUCAACUAAAGAUAUUCCCAACGUAAACUUGGGUUAAUGUGUCGCCUUAGGAACAGUAAAGCAUUUGCUUUCACUUUUUCAGAUGGUGCAUCUUUCAAUUCACUGGGUCUUUAAGUGUGGCAGAGAAGUCUUUAGCCACAAAAGCCAUUUCUACAUCAGAAACCCAACGGUGGUACUCAAGUCCUUCUGAGUCCAAGAUGUCAAAUUCAGGUAUAGUGGGAUCAAUCAUUUCUAGAUAAAAUGCAAAUAAACAAUCAUAAGUAAAUUGAUAUCUUGAAAUGAGAGUUUUAUUCAUAUAAUUCAUGCUCUCUCCUUUGUGUUUUGUUUUAUAUUUUUUUCAAGGGUAAAAUAUUUUCAUGCACAGAAAUAAUAGAUAUGUCAUUCAAUUAUGGCAAACACAUAAAUACCCAUCGGGUAAACACAUAAAAACAGUGUAUAUUUUCAAUUUGUGCCAAAUCCACUUUUAAAAAAAAUCCGUGAAGUCAUUAGCCGUGAACUAAAUUUGACUAUCAUAAUAUGAUUAUCACAUAUAAAGUCACAUAAACUAGAGUCAUAGAACUCAAUUUGGAAUUUGUUUGGUGUCUUCACUUGAAGACAUUCCCUAGACAGUGUUUUGCCCCCCCUUUUUUUUGUGACAAAAGCUGUAGUGUAGUUUUUCAUAAAAAAUAAUUUGAGUAUAAGAAGUUUCAACAAUGGGAGUAAAUUAUUUGAGUUGAAAAAUGAACUACACCAUUACAGUAAAACAUUGGAAUGUAUUACCCACAAUAAACAUACCAAAUGUAUUAAAAUAAAUUAAAUAAAAAGGAAACUGAUUUAAUGUAAAGAUUUAUUACAUAUUUUCCAGAAAAAAAUACAAGUUCCAAUGCACAUAAAAUCCCAAAAAAAUGGUCAAGCAAAAACGAUAACAGACGCCGUGCAUAAAUUUUCCAUAAUUUCUUUGAUGAUCUACUGCCCAUGGGGACUCCCAAAUAUUACAAUUUAAGACGGUGCAUUUAAUUUUUAAGCAUCCGAACAUGCUAUUUCCUUUCAAAAAAUCAAUAGCAGAAUUGGGGAAAACCACAAAUCACAGACACAGUAAACAUGAAUCUAAAACCAGCGAUUAACAACUACCAGAAAAGAAACCAUUUUUUUUUUCAAAAUCAAGGUUCAUGCUUAUAGAAGAAAUUUCAAGAUCAGUAUAUAUGACAAAUAAUUGAUUAAAAUAAGUCAUCAUAUGUAUCACAUAGAGAUAAAAAACGGCAAACACAAGAGUGCACAGAAGCAUCUUAAUUCAAUUGCAAUUAUUAAAUUGGUGAAAAACCUGGACCGUAGGUGCGAAGGUAAGGAAGCUGCUGGUUGUGGUCGUGCGACAGUAAGAAGGUCGUCGUUGCUGUGCGAUCGACUGAGAUUUCGGGGAUACGGGAAGAAACUUCCGAUUGACACAGAUUUCUGGUGCUGGUUCUUCCGAUUAGGCCCUCGCGGUCGUCUGCGCCUCACGAUCGGGAAGAAGGCUUCUCCUUCAGAUUUGAUUCGCGAUGUUCGACGGCGACUGGCGAUUGCGGCGUGGGGAAACUCAGAUGAUGGGAAUCGCAGACCUGGCUGCGGGGUCCUUCCGAUUUGAUUCGCUAUGGGGAAUCGCAAAGGAGAACGGCGAUGGGUGUUCUUUUCCUCUGCGAUGUUCAGUGGAGAUCGGCGGAGAAAACAGGGGAGAGAGGCGGACGGAAAAAAUUAGGGUUGAGAGAUAACUUGUGGGAGAUAUCUUUUGAUAAUAGCUCCCCUUAUAUAUGAAGAGCUUCGUAGGGUUUUACAAAAGAAGGCCCACGGGCCAGUACAACUUAUUACACAAUAUAAAGCAAAUUCUAUC